GGGAAGCAGUCUUGGAAUAUACAGAAUUCUAUUCUCUUUCCCUCUCUGCCUUGUUGAGAUUCCUUCUUCCACAUAUCAAUUACAAGCGAUUCAGAAGAGAGGGGAAAGGAAGAGCCUAGAAGUGGGAGAGACACAGAAAAAAGAGAAAGAAGGAAGAGACAGAGACAGUGAGUGGGAGAAAGCCAAGGAGAGUGACAUACACACACAGAGGCAAGAUGCUGGUCAGGAGAAAAACUUUGAUAUAAUCAAUCAUCCUCUUCAGACUCCCUUCGUUGGAGAACUCUGCCAGAUAGCCAGAACACCGUUCAUCUGAUCCGGGAGCCUAGGGAAAAAGAAUCCUCUUGGAUGAAACCAGAAAAUACUCUUUUCUUGGACUUGCCCAACUGCUGUCAGCAAUACUCAGGGCGACUGUCUUCUCACGGAUUUUCUUGAACUCCAUGAAGAUGUUUGUGGGGUUUCUUUUUUUCUCCAUUCUAUGCCUUGGAUGUUGUGAUGGUGUUCCUGAUGUACUUUCCCCAGAUGGAAACGAGACAGAAUCUUUACCAUUUAAUUUCCAAGACUUGAUCAACAAUAUCACCUUGCUCAUUGAAAAGGUCAAGACACCUUAUGGAGGCUCCUUCCAGAUGGUCUCUCGAUCAGAAUGGGGAAAAGGGCCUUCUGGCUGCAACAUCCAGCUGAGGACUCCGGUCCCCUAUCUCAUCAUCCACCAUAUUCUUGGACAGGAGUGUCAUGAGAAGGCUACCUGCCGGCAGAGGGUGAAGGGCCUGCAGGAACUGCACAUCAAAAUAAAUGGAUGGUGUGAUGUGGCUUACAAUUUCCUGAUUGGCGAGGAUGGCAAUGUGUAUGAAGGCUUGGGCUGGACUCUCGAAGGCACUCAUACCAUGGGCUACAACAGGAAGUCACUGGGGUUUGCUUUUGUGGGGAGCGCUGCAGGAAGCUCUCCCAGUGCUGCUGCCUUGACGGCGGCAGAGAACUUGAUCUCUUUUGCUGUCUACAAUGGUUACCUCUCUCCCAAGUACAUCCAACCACUAUUUGUCAAAAGUGAGUCGUGCCUGGCCUGCUACCAGAAAGGAAUGUCCAAGAAAGAAUGCCCUGACAUCGUCCCUCGUUCAUCCUGGGGAGCCCAAGACACGGACUGUUCCAAGCUGCCCGGGCCAGCCAAGUACGUUGUCAUUAUCCACACUGGAGGCAGAAAUUGCAAUGAGACUGAAGAAUGCCAGAUAGCUCUCCGUUAUAUCCAGUCCUAUCACAUCGAGAAGAUGAAAUUCUGUGACAUUGCUUACAAUUUCCUGGUUGGUGAGGAUGGUAAAGCCUAUGAAGGAGUGGGCUGGGACACGGAGGGGGCUCACACCUAUGGCUACAAUGACAUUGGUCUGGGGAUCGCUUUCAUGGGCUUGUUCACAGGUAAGGAACGGGCUGGCCUGUCGUCAGUGGGGUUGGGGUAUUGGAGAUGGGCAAUGGUAGAGUGUGUCUGGCACCGGCAAGCAUUCUAUAUUGGGCUCUGA